AUGAAUAUUAUUUCUAUUCAAAUUAUUGUUUUACUUCUUCCGAUUGUGACAAUUAUCAGUUACACUGAGACAACAACUAAACAAACAACAUUGCCUCAAAAUACUGGUUUUCGUUCAUGUCAAAAACCAAAAAAUGGUCAACAUUUAUGUUUUUGUGGGAAAAACAAUGUACAAUAUGAUCGUCUCAAACGUGAACGAUGUGUCAAGGGACAAGUAAUUAAAAAAGGAAGUCAAAAAAGUGCUACAUCAAAAAUUCCUGGUCUUCGAUUAACAACUAAACCAAUUCAUCAAUCUACUCGUGAUGAUAAUAGAGAUACUCCAUGUAUAGGUCUUCGAUUCAAACCAUCACCGACUGAAACCAAACAAGCCUAUGUACCACUUCGUAAUGUAUCAGUUGAAGCUUGGAUUGAUUCUUUUGCUGCCGACGUCACUUUGACCCAAGUGUUUAUCAAUCAAGAAGAAAAUCCUAUUGAAGCAAUUUAUGUAUUUCCUAUUGAGGAAAAUGCUGCCGUUUAUUCUUUUACGGCUGAAUUUGACAAUCGGACAAUCACAGCUGUAUUAAAAGAAAAGAAAACAGCAGAAGAAGAAUAUAAAUCAGCUGUUGAACAAGGUCAAACAGCAUUUUUAAUGCGACAAAGCAGAGAAACAUUAGAUACCUUCACAGUUAAUGUUGGUGCUUUACCACCUGGAAAAGAAUGUCGAAUCAUGAUUCAAUAUGUAACUGAAUUAGAUUUAAUUGAUGGAAAUGCUAUUCGAUUUGUCGUUCCUACGACUAUCGCUCCACGAUAUAAUCCAUCAUUCGGUCGUCUACAAUCACCUGAUCGUACAGCAGCUGAAUAUGUUCAAAAUACUUCAUAUUCAAUGUGGUUUCAAGCACAUAUUCUUCGAGGUGAAGAAUAUAAAAUUAAGCAAGUCGCUAAUCUUUCACAUCCAGUAAAUGUUAGUAUAUCAGGUCAAUCAAUUGAUGUUUCUUCAAUGGCUAUUGCUCUUGAUCGUGAUAUUAUUUUGGAUAUUGAUCUUCCCGACAAUCGACCAUUGACACGUUUUGCUAUCGAACAAUAUAGUGAUACUUCAAAAUAUGCUGUUCUUCUAGCAUUUACUCCACGUCUUUCUGAUUUUAUUAAAAUUACUAAUGGAAAAGACACACUUAAUACUGAAUUUAUUUUCAUUGUUGAUUGUUCGGGUUCAAUGACAGAAGAUAAUCGUAUUGGUCUUGCUAGAGAAGCUAUGCUUCUAUUUAUACGUAGUUUACCAGUGGGUGCUCAUUUUAAUAUUAUUCGUUUUGGAUCAAAUUUUGAUAUUCUCUUCAAAAAUGAGACUUUGACGGCUGUUUAUGAUGAACAAACUGCUAAAGAAGCUGAAAAACUUACACGUUCAAUGCAAGCCGAUUUUGGUGGAACAGAAUUGUUGGAACCUUUGAAACAUUUAAAAGAUCAUCCACCAAUUAAAGAUCGAUCAAGACAAAUUUUCCUAUUGACCGAUGGAGAAAUAUCAAAUACAAAUGAGGUGAUCGAAUUAUGUCGUUCAAUGGCUUCAACUACACGAAUAUUUUCUUUUGGUCUUGGUCAUUCACCGUCUCGUUCUCUAGUGAAAGGUCUUGCUCGUGCAACAAAUGGUCAUUUUGUUUUUGUACCUCCAAAUUCAAAAGUUGAUACUUACGUUGGUAGUCAACUUGGUCGAGCUCUUCAACCAUCAUUAGUAAAUGCUCACCUUGAAUGGUAUGGUUUGUCUAAAGAUGGAUUACAAGCUCCAAAAAAGAUUCCACCUCUUUAUAUAAAUGAUUGUGUAUUAGUUUAUGAAUUAUUAGAAGGUGAUGAAUUGAAAAACCAGAAUAUCAGUGUAGCUCUCUUUGUUGGAGACUAUAAAAUGAAUUCGAUUAAGUUAUCUGGUAAUAUUGCGCACAAAAGAGAUACAAUACGUCGAUUAGCAGCUAAAGCUUUGAUACAAGAAUUGCAACAUGAAACAUAUAAUGUAUCGGAUACAGAAAAUAAUUCAACACUUGAACAACAAAUUACUACACUAUCAAUGAGUCAUCAAAUUUUAUCGCCCUACACAGCCUUUGUCGCUGUAGAAACUACUGGCCCAAAAAACAAUAAUACUGGUUCUAAAGUUCGUCAUAUACCUAUUCAAAUAUCGAAAGGUGGUGAACAUUUAUUUUCUCACCAAAGCGUAUAUUCUUUUCCUAAUCGCGGUGCAAGGGGGCCGAUGGGCUUCUUUUCUGGACAUCAUGCACAAUCUGUGGCAAUGCCAUAUUCGAUGGGCUACGGUUCUGGACGUCCGGUACCGGCAAUGACGAUGCAUGGACCAAUGUUGAUGGACAAGUCACACUAUUCCUUUCACCGAGGACCGCCUGGCCCACAGCAAGCCGGAAAUUCAUGGAUCAAGCCAUCUGCGCAACACGAUUCGGACGAGUCUUCAGACAUUGCUACCACUACUCCAUUGUUGUCUGCUGAUCCUGUCCGCUGGUUAAUUGAUCAACAGUCAUUCAACGGAGCAUGGCUAUUAAAUGAGAACGAUAUUAGAAAAUUGACCAAUGGCAAAUCGUUAAGCGCAUUUAUAUCAAACGUAACUAAAGCUAAAGAUGCUUUAACAACAGCAUUAGCCAUUGCUAUACUUGAAUUAAAACAUGCAGAUCAAAAGAAUCUUUGGUAUGGAGUGACAAAUGAUCAUGAAAUGAAGCAUUAUUUUAAAUCUCUCCCUCAAUUAAAUCUAAUACCUGCUUUACCUAAAAACCCGCGUAAUUAUCCAAUAAUAUUGAUUGGUGCUGGUACAAUCAUCACUUCAGGACAUUUACCAGCAUAUAAAAUAGCUGGAUUUUCUGUCAAAGGUAUCUAUGAUAUUGAUCAACAAAAAGCUUUCGAUGUAGCCAACAAAUGGCAUAUUCCAAAAGUAUAUAAUACAAUCAACGAAGCAUGUACAACAUCAACAAAUGAAAAUAUUAUUUUUGAUUUGGCUGUUCCAUCAAAUCAAAUACAAUCUAUUCUUAAACAACUUUCAAUAAAUUCUCAUGCACUUAUACAAAAACCAAUGGGGGAAAAUCUUAUCGAUGCUCAAUCAAUUGUUAAUAUAUGUAAACAACGUCAUAUUCAUGGUUCAAUAAAUUUUCAACUUCGUUAUGCCCCUUAUAUACUUGCUCUUAAAGAUGCUAUUCGUCUUGGUUGGUUAGGUGGACAAUUAACAACUAUUGAAAUACAUGUUAAUGUACAUAUGCCAUGGCCAUUAUGGCCAUUUUUAGCAGCUGUACAAAACCUUGAACUAACCUAUCAUUCAAUACAUUAUGUUGAUUUGAUACGUGAUCUUUUAAACCCAUAUGAACCAAGUGCUCUGCAUUGUCGCACAAGUCAAUAUGUAAUGAUAGCUCAUUUGAUAUCGGUACGAUCUUCUUAUUCAUUUGAAUAUAAACACGAUCCAAUGUUAUAUGUAAAUAUUUAUACAAAUCAUCAUCAUCGAUGGGAUAUGAAACAUGCACAAUCCUAUAUACUUGUUGAAGGAACUGGAGGUGCAGCUAAAGCACAAAUUGGUGAUAAUCUUGCAUAUGGAAUAAAUACAGAAGGACAACAAACAGAUUAUUUACAAAUUUGUUCAGAUGAGAUGACGAAAGGUGAAUGGAUUGAUAUUGAUUUACAAGGACGAAGUCGUUUUCCUCAUGCAUUUAUUGGACCAAUAGCAGCAGCUAUGCGUCGAUAUGAAAAUAAACACGAUCAACCUUCAACUGAUAUUGAAGAUGCACUCAAAACUAUGGCAAUAAUCGAAAUACCAUGGAAAAGUUCGACAAAUAACAUGACUCCAAUUCAUUACAAUUAA